CACACCCGCUUGCUUUCAUAUGAGCACAUAUGUGUGUUUGGUAUAGUAUAUAAGAACAGUCCUGACCCAAGCUAAGGUGUAUUCACCAGUGGUUGUGAUUUCAGGAGUGACCAUGAAGAGUCUCGUUAUUGUGCUGGUAUGUGCUGUGCUCGCUGAGGGACUCCACAGGUAAGUGCUCCAACCACAAAUCUCUCUUUCUCUCUCACUUCAAAUAAUAUAGUCUCUCACGUUCUUUCCUUUUCACAUUUUCACUCCAUCCAGUUGCCCCUUUUCCCUAAAUCCUCCUUAAAACACUUUUCUUUUCUCAUCUCUCAUAGUCACUGAUAACUCCUUGUCGCUCUCUCUCCCCCUGUUUGCAUUUACAAAGUUCACCUUCAUAUUACAAUCUGAGUGUAUCUGUGUGCUUGUUACCCUAGGAUCCCUCUGGUGAAGCAUAAGUCAAUCCGUGAGAGAAUGAUGGAGAAGGGAGAACACCUGCCCUACCAAGACCCCGCUCUCAAAUACUUUCCUGAUGAGUUCGCUGGCUCCACCACCAUGUACAUCAACAACUACGCCGACGUACGUACAUGCUCUAAAACACAAUCUUAUGGUCUAUCUAGAAUGUCAAUGUCUUAUCUGUCUAUAUCCAUAGUAGUCUAUUUUCAUAUUCUAGAAUGAAAUUCUAUGAUGUAGGCUAAUGUAGAAAAUGUGAAUUCUAGGUCUAACUAACUAGAUAACAACCAUGUCAAGAUAACGACUAACUCCAUGAUCUAGACUCUAAACCACGCCAACCACUCUAGAUCUGAUGCGUUGUUGUCUGAAUGUAUUAGCAGCAUCUCUAUCUUUGUCAACUGUAUUUUCCCUGUUGUGUUUUCCAGACCACCUACUACGGAGCCAUCAGCAUCGGUACUCCCCCCCAGUCCUUCCAGGUGUUGUUUGACACUGGCUCUGCCAACCUGUGGGUUGACUCCGUACUCUGCAACACUCAGGCCUGCAGCGAGUACAGCUGGAUAGCUUCAUGACAAUGAAUGCCACUUCUAGCUACGUUUACAACUACCUAAAAUGUGUAUCAAUUAACUACUACUUCCUCAACAAUAAAUGUUACUAACUGUACUACUACUACUACUACUACUACUACUACUACUACAGUACUUCUACUACUACUACUACUACUAUCAGAGAAAUUUAAGUCCAUUAUCACUUCUACACACUUCCCAGAUAAAUAAUUAGAAGACAGUAUAUUUCCUCUUUAAGUUGAUUGUGACCCUUCCUCCUGCAGACACCCACACGAAAUUCAACCCCCAGCAGUCGUCCACCUACUCAGCCAAUGGGAAUACUUUCUACCUACCCUACGGAGCUGGCAGUCUCAGUGGAGUCUUCGGAUAUGACACCGUCAACGUGAGUCCCAGCAUAACAACCUUACAUAUACUAAAGUACUUCUUCCACAGUUAUUCUUAACUACAAGCAAUAAUAAGCCACAACAGAUACAGCCACAACAGUACAAUUACUUCCAUUCUAACAAAACCAAAGUGUUCCAUGAUGCAGAGUGUGUGUGUUGUUUGUCACCUCUUUAGGUUGGUGGGAUUGUCAUCACCAACCAGGAGAUUGGUCUGAGCACUGACGAGCCAGGUCAGAACUUUGUUGUGGCCCAGUUUGAUGGUAUCCUGGGCCUGUCCUACCCUUCCAUCUCAGCCGGACAAGAAACUCCCGUCAUGGACAACAUGAUGUCACAGAACCUUCUGCAGGCCGACCAGUUCGCUUUCUACAUGACCAGGUCAGUACUCCUACCAUUACUUAUAACACACAUAUACCACUACCACUACUUACCACACAUAUACCACUACCACUACUUACCACACAUAUACCACUACCACUACUUACCGCACAUAUACCACUACCACUACUUACCACACAUAUACCACUACCACUACUUACCACACAUAUACCACUACCACUACUUACCACACAUAUACCACUACCACUACUUACCACACAUAUACCACUACCACUACUUACCACACAUAUACCACUACCACUACUUACCACACAUAUACCACUACCACUACUUACCACACAUAUACCACUACCACUACUUACCACACAUAUACCACUACCACUACCUACCACACAUAUACCACUACCACUACUUACCACACAUAUACCACUACAGAUGUCGGAUCUAAAUUGGACCCCUUUUGUCGCAGGAGGAAAAUAAUCCUGCAGGAAAAUAAUCCUGCAGCAGGAGGAUUUGAAUAUCUAAAUAAUUAUUUAGAAUGAGCUGUUUUAGAUCAAUUGUUUUAUUAUAUGUUGAAGGCAAGCAAUUGGCAGAAUAAAUUAUUGUUUUCCUCAAUUCCUGUGUGGUCCAGCGGUCACAGCCACUGACUCCGGCAUGUAUAUGUCAGAGUCGGCAUGGGUUUAAAUUCUGCCCUUUGACUCAUGGAUCAAUGUCUAUUUUUGACGCAUUCAUAACGUGUGGUUACAGGAUUAAAACAGAAACAACUCAAAGGUUAACAGUUUAGGAACUUAUUCAGAGUGGUUAAGGUUAGGGCUAUGUUUUGGGGAAGGCUUAAAACAAAAUAAUAAAAAACGACGCGCCUAUGUUUCAUCAGUAUUCAUACUAUUCUUAACACUCGCUAGAGCAUUGUGAUCUGCCAUUGUGCAGUGGUCUAAGCAGAGUUUGCGGCCAGUGCUUGGCGAUAUAGUGACCAGCCUGAGACUAAAUUAGGCCCACAAGUUAAUUGGAUUUAUUUAAAUGAUUUCAAGAAGUAAAACAAAUAGUCUGAUAAUUUACACAACAAAAAAUAUCUCAGCUCAAUUAAAUCAUCUUUGGAUAGGCUCAAAUGCAUAAACAUCCUGACAGCUUUACGAAAUGAAAUAUUAAAGCCACACAAUACAGGUUUUCAAUCCACACCAAAGACCAGAACUAUAUUGACAAUUAUACUGUACAUAGCCUAACUAUAAAACUUGGACGAGCAUCCCCACUGGAGGAAUGUUUGUCGUUCUGAAGUAGGCCUACAUCUGUCAAACAGCUGAUGGCCAAAUCAGCUCAUCAACUCACACCUUUCAUUAUGUAAUAAUGGAUAGGCUAAUGGGUAGCCUUCAGAAUGUAGCCUAUUGGAAUAUAAUCAAAUAAUAAGGGACCUAUUGUAGCCAUCGAUGGCACUAAGAUUAUCGGCAGCUGAUGUCUCGUUAAACCAUCAAUACGCUCUAAAUUCACCCGCACAGUUUAUCUCAAUAGCAACCAUUAUUGGUCACCUCAUUACCGCUCCCUAAAAGAGGAUGUCGGUGUUACCUUUGUCCUUGCAACCAAAGUAUUUCAAGAUAUGUUCACCCUCUGGUUGGUAUUGCAAUCAGAACAACUUAGAGUCCUUUUUGAACAGACUAAGGGUGAUUUGUCUGUUUGACCAGCAUUCCAUACAAUAGAUAUAAAGUAUUUACUGUUGGAAUUUACCCGACACUAAUGUUGGUGUAGCCUAUAGUUAAUAUUUUAUUGGUUUCCUAUUUAUGUUAUCCAAAAGUGUCUGAUAUGGUCAUUUCUUAUCAAGAUCGGGGGUAAAAUAUCCCUGGACUGUCCAUAUUUAAAAAAAAAUUAAAACAUGUAAAUACAUCUAGUAAAUUGGGGGAAUUGAGGUAUUUGUGCCAGAAGGGUAUGGGUUGGAAUCGAAACCACGCAAACAGGGUAGGACUAUAUGUGCGCGCUGAAGGCAACAGGCCAAACCCACCCCACCCCACCCCACAAAUGAACUCAAUUUUGAACUUAGCCUCCACUUGAAACUUGUAUGUCAUAGCCUAGUGGAGACCAAUAUCUAUCUUGUGUUAUUAAGCUAUAUAAAACUACGGUUGUUGAUGUGUAUGAAUGCAUUUCAGAUACAUGUUUGUACAUUUGAAUGUUCUUGCCAACUGCCUUCUUUCUUUGGAAAACUUUUUGAUGACUUGAAACUUUUUUUCUGUGCAGCGGCGGCCAGCAGGGCAGUGAGCUGUCAUUUGGAGGAGUGGACACCACCAAGUACCAGGGUCAGAUCUACUGGACCCCCGUCACCUCCCAGACAUACUGGCAGAUCGGCAUCCAAGGGUCAGGAUCAACCACACCAACCAAACAUACUUAACCAGACACUGACAUCAGAACCACUAAGAGCCGGCAAAAGCUGGGGUGAAAAACUUCUUUUGGAAGUUUUCAAAAAAUGUCUAAGGCCGCUGUGAAUGCUAGUCUGUCUGUCUUUCUGUCUGUCUAACACUAACCCUUGUAUAUCUCCAGGUUCCAGAUCAAUGGUCAGGAGACAGGGUGGUGUGGGCAGGGCUGCCAGGCCAUCGUGGAUACAGGCACCUCCAUGCUGACUGCACCCGGACAGGUCAUGGGAACUCUGAUGCAGUCCAUUGGAGCCCAGCAGGACCAAUACGGACAGGUAGCAGGAAGCCACUAUAAACCACUACAGACCAGUACUAACUGACACCAUAAACCAGUGUAAUCCAGAAGGGACAGUUUGGGGAAACCAUUACAGAGUAAACCAGUACAGGGAGGUUUUGUCUCACUCAUGUCUGUGAAUUGUUUGUUGUUGUAGUACACAGUGAACUGUAACCAGAUCAACAGCCUGCCUACUCUCACCUUCACCAUCAAUGGAGUCAACUUCCCCCUGCCACCAUCUGCAUACAUCCAGCAGGUGAGUGUGUGUGUGUGUGUGUGUGUGUUUGUGUGUGUGUGUGUGUGUGUGUUACCCUCUAAGACUGACGUUAGGAUAAUGAAGGCCAUUUUAGAUGGCUCAAGCUGGUCCAUAAGCCGUGUGUGUGUGCCUAAGCCAUGUGUCAGUAGCGCAUGUAAUUGCAUGUGUGGUGUGUGCAUGCAUGCGUGUUUGUCUGCGUGUGUGUGUGGAUUGCACUCAACAUGCGUGUUCUCCUCUCUCCAGAGCAACCAGGUCUGCUCCGUGGGGAUCACCCCCACCUACCUGCCAUCCCAGAACGGACAGCCCCUGUGGAUUUUGGGAGAUGUAUUCCUCAUGGAGUACUACUCCGUCUACGACCGCACAAGCAACCAAGUGGGCUUUGCCACCGCAGUCUAAACCUGACCAACAUGACCAUGACCGUAAACCAACACAGGCUCCGACCGUUCUUAGAACUCUACCACCCCAAACCUCACACCGAAUCUAUUCCACCUCUGGCCAUUCUAGAACAUCAAUCACCAAAGGCAACUAUUCUGAAUCACCCAUGGCAACCACUCUUGUCAUUAUAAUAUGCCUGUUACCCAUGGCAACCACCGUGGGUCAGUUUGGCUUUGGUCCAGAGGGGUUAAAGCAAGCAUUGACAUCAUUGGGUUAAAGCUGUGGUCUUUGUUGAUGACAUCUGCUAAUAUAUUCAGUUCAGCUGUAAGGUUGUUUCCUUUCUACUCUGGCAUUGCAAUGACAACCUCCUAGUUCUCAGACAACAUCGGAUGUGAAUACAGGUUCAGACAUGUUGCUGAUUGCAUCAUGAGUCUGAGUUGCAAUUCUGAGUUGAGUGAAAAAGAGAAUGAGCUACAGAAACACAGUGAAAUAUGAAAAUAUGAUUUUUGACACUUAAAUGCAUUUUAUCUCAAAACUGGAUGUAUUUGAUAUUAAUUUAGUUUCCAUUUAGACUGAAUAAACGAUUGAAGUGCACAAUAUUCCUAUUUGUUUUGAAUCCCUGUAUAUGACAUAUCAAGCUCAUGAUGCCUGUAAGACUGAAAUCACACCUCACAUUCACCAAUGACAGUUGCCAGAAACUGCAACAUAAAAGAACAAGAGCAUCUUACCCAAUUGGAGCCUGUAAAUAUAUCCAACCAUCUACACAUCUUACCUAUAGAUGUAUUACAUAAUGGCAGUAAUAGCUAAAUAUCACUGAGUCAAAUAUGCCAUCUGAUAAAUGGCAUUAAGUCCUAAGUAUCCUCAGGAGAGCACCAGCAGUGUAUACUGUGAAAGGGACUUUAAUGAAAGCUUCAACAUUUCAUUUCUCCUAACAAGCUCUCAUUAUCUCUGCAACAUGGUCAGGGGCUGGUGUGUGUGUGUGGGUGCGUGUGCGUCCAUGUGUGUAUUUCUCUUUGUUUCUACACACACACACACACACACACACACACACACACACACACACACACACACACACACACACACACACACCCCUACACACACACACACACACAUACCAUCAUAAUAUGUCUUAAACUGAUUAUGUCAGGAGCAGAGACUGCAAAGGGACACACACACACGUUUGUGAUUUGACCCCCAGUCCUCAUGUACCUGACCCCUCCACCCUCCACCCUUUAAAGGGAAGCAUCUCUCUGACUCAUGCCCACAAAGACUGCUCAGACCCUGGGGUAUCCUGCUCUGAGAUAUGGCCUGUCACUGUCUAUCUGGGUCUGUGCCUCAUUCACCAGACACACAAGACACAAGAACUCACACACCCUCCAUCUUUUGCUUUGCUCUCUAAGCAGUUCAGCCACUAUUCUCUAUUUUAACAGGUCCCCAGUUUACAGACACAAUAGUGCUUAAAUAAGUUCAUCAUCCUGUUUUCUUAGUUUCUAUAAAACAUCUGUAUAUCUGUGGUCCAUUAGUUCCAACAGAGGUUCAGCUCUCUACUCCAUUAGUAAGAAACUGUGUGAGGCUCAGAGGGAAAUGCUGCAUUGCAGGUUUUCUAGUGAGGACAAGACAGUCCAGACAGGGCCUAGUACAGAUGUAUACAGACCACUGUGAAGCAGGGUAAGUCAGAAUAUACAUCAGAGGUAGAAAUGUAGCCUACAGGGUGAUACAGGGACAGAAUUUGAUAUGUCAUCAAAUAUUAAGUGCUUUCUGAAAAUAAACUAUUCAGGCCUUUGUGAUCUCUCUUUACUGUAAUAAAAAAGCACUUACAGGACUGUUGUUUCUGUAUCAGUGUGUGUAGAAACUAUCUCCAAUUAUGUUAACAUUAGAAAUGACAACUCGGUAAAUAUCUGGAGAACAAUUUGCAUGCACAUUGUUAUUCAUGACCUUGGAGAGGUGUUCAUAUCUCAGUGUAUUUUGCUGUAUAUCUAUAUUACUGAUUAACACUAAGUGCUUAUAAUGCAGUAACUAGGGGAUUUCCAAUGACACAGCCAAAACAAUGGAAAUCUCCACUCUUUCAGAGCCAUUUUGAAACAAAUACACAGUUGUGGAAAAAGUACUCAAUUGUCAUAAUUGAGUAAAAGUAAAGAUAUCUUAAUAGAAAAUGACUCAAGUAAAAGUGAAAGUCACCCAGUAAAAUACUACUUGAGUAACACAUCUAAAAGUAUUUGGUUUUAAAUAUACUUAAGUAUCAAAAGUAAAUGUAGUUGCUAAAAUAUACUUAAAUAUCAAAAGUGUUCUUUAAUUUACAGAUAGCCAGGGAUGCACUCCAACCCCCAUGCAUCAUUUAGUGAGUAGGUCAAAUCACAGGCAGUAGGGAUGACAUUUACAUUUUAACAGACGCUCUUAUCCAGAGCGAUUUACAGUUAGUGAGUGUAUACAUUUUCAUUUUGCUAUGGCUGGCCAUGCUUUCCACCUGGCUACCCCUACCCCGGCCACCAGCUCUGCAACCUCCGCUGCAACUUGCCUCUAUUGGGGUGCCACAGGGUUCAAUUCUCGGGCCGACUCUAUUCUCUGUGUAUAUCAAUGAUGUCGCUCUUGCUGCUGGUGACUCUCAGAUCCACCUCUACGCAGAUGACACCAUUUUGUAUACAUCUGGCCCUUCAUUGGACACUGUGUUAACAAACCUCCAAACGAGCUUCAAUGCCAUACAACACUCCUUCAGUAGCCUCCAACUGCUCUUAAACGCUAGUAAAACUAAAUGCAUGCUCUUCAAUCGAACGCUGCUUGCACCCGCCCGCCCGACUAGAAUCACUACUCUCGGAGGGGCUGACUUAGAAUAUGUGGACAACUACAAAUUCCUAGGUGUCUGGUUAGACCGUAAACUAUCCUUCCAGCCUCACAUUAAGCAUCUCCAAUCCAAAGUUAAAUCUAGAAUCGGCUUCCUAUUUCGAAAACAAAGCGUCCUUCACUCAUACUGCUAAACAUGCCCUCGUAAAACUGACUAUCCUACCAAUCCUUGACUUUGGCGAUGUCAUUUACAAAAUAGCUUCCAACACUCUAUUCAGCAAAUUGGAUGUAGUCUAUCACAGAGCCAUCCGUUUUGUCACCAAAGGCCCAUAUACUACCCACCAUUGUGACCUGUACGCUCUCGUUGGCUGGCCCUCACUACAUAUUCGUUGCCAAACCCACUGGCUCCAGGUCAUCUAUAAAUCACUGCUAGGCAAAUCCUCGCCUUAUCUUAGCUCAUUGGUCACCAUAGCAACACCCACCCGUAGUAUGCGUUCCAGCAGGUAUAUCUCUAUGGUCAUCCCCAAAGCCAACACCUCCUUUGGCGCCAUUCCUUCCAGUUCUCUGCUGCAAAUGACUGGAACGAACUGCAAAAAUCUCUGAAGCUGGAGACACAUAUCUCCCUCACUAUCUUUAAGCAUCAGUUGUCAGAGCAGCUUACCGAUCACUGUACCUGUACACAGACCAUCUGUAAUUAGCCCACCCAACUACCUCAUCCCCAUAUUGUUAUUUACAUUGUUAUUUAUUUUGCUAAUUUGCACCCCAGUAUCUUUAUUUGCACAUCAUCUUCUGCACAUAUAUCACUCCAGUGUUAAUACUAAAUUGUAAUUAUGUUGUACUAUGGCCUAUUUAUUGCCUUACCUCCAUAACUUACUACAUUUGCACACACUGUAUAUAGAUUUUCUAUUGUGUUAUUGACUGUACGUUUUGUUUAUUGCAUAUGUAACUCUGUGUUGUUGUUGUUUUUAUCGCACUGCUUUGCUUUAUCUUGGCCAGGUCGCAGUUGUAAAUGAGAACUUGUUCUCAACUGCCUUACCUGGUUAAAUAAAGGUGAAAUAAAAAAACAUGUUGGAAAAACUUGUCAAUAAUCAACUGACUGGCUUUCUUGAUGUCUAUAGUAUUCUCUCUGGUAUGCAAUCUGGUUUCCGCUCAGGUUAUGGAUGUGUAACUGCAACCUUAAAGGUCCUUAAUGAUGUCACCAUUGCCCUUGAUUCUAAGCAAUGUUGUGCUGCUAUUUCUAUUGACCUGGCCAAAGCUUUUGAUAUGGUAGACCAUCCCAUUCUUGUGGGCCACCUACAGAGUAUUGGUGUCUCAGAUGGGGUGUUUGGCCUGGUUUGCUAACUACCUCUCUCAAAGAGUGCAGUGUAUAAAGUCAGAACACUGACAGCUGUGGCUGCUUCGCGUGAUGGAUUGUUGUCUCUACCUUCUUGCCUUUGUGCUGUUGUCUGUGUCCAAUAAUGUUUGUACCAUUUUAUGUGAUGGUACCAUGUUGUGCUGCUGCCAUGUUGUGUUGCUACCAUGUUGUUGUCAUUUGGUGUUGCUGCCAUGCUAUGUUGUUGUCUUAGAUCUCUCUUUAUGUACUGUUGUGUUGUUUCUCUUGUCGUGAUUUGUGUUUUGUCCUAUAUUUUUAUUUUCUAUCCAAGCCCCCGUCCCCGCAGGAGGCCUUUUGCCUUUUGGUAGGCCGUCAUUGUAAAUAAGAAUUUGAUCUUAACUGACUUGCCUAGUUAACUUAAUUUUAUUAAUUUUUUUACAAAAAAGCCUAAUCAGUAGCCUAUAACCAAUGUUUCAUUAAAAAUAUAAUGAGCAGCAAAACGGUCAACAGACAUUCCUGUUAUUUCUUCAUAUAAAUGGUGAUGGUAGGCUAAUAUUAUUAUAGCUUAACGUUUGGGCAUUGUCCAAUUGUUCAUGGCUUGAAUAUGCAGUGCAUUUUUGAAAUGCGAAUGCCAGGUGUGUAGACAAAUAUUUCCAUGUUGAAGCCAAUAACAAAAACUAGAUUGGCUACAUGUUUGUUAUAACUACGCCUAUUGUAGGGUUACUGUAUACCAUUAAAAAAUAUAUCUUCGAUGAAUAGGAAAAACAUCCAUGCCUCCGGCCGAAGAGCCCUUAGGCCAACAUGUGCACACAUUGCCUUAUGAUCAUGGAACAAGAGAUUUGAUUUAGAAUAUCGUGUUUUUAACCCAAUCUUAUUUGGAAAUAUUGUUGUUACUUGGUUUAAUUUGAUUAAAAACCAAACUUAUUAGAAAGAUUCACAUCCAUGAGUUUACGUUGAGAACGUACAUGGCUCGAAUACAAUGGAAUGUCUUCUGCUAUUUCUGGAGAAGUGCAAAUAUGAUGUAAAAUGAAUUCUCUGAAAAUGUACAGUUACCCGACACUUUGUAUGAAAGGAAACUAAUGUUGGUGUAGCCUACUGUUAUUAUUUUAUUUGUUUCCUGUUUAUGUAAUCCAAAAGUGUCUGGUAUGGUCAUUUCUUAUCAAGAUCGGGGGUACAAUAUCCUAGACUGUCCAUAUUUGAAAUGUGUAACUAAACCAACUCAAUCGGGUGGAUUGAGUUACGUGUGCCAGAAGGGUGUGGGCUGGAAUCAAAUCCAUGGCAACAAGGUAGGCAUAUCUAUGUGUGCUGAAGGCAGCGUCCCAAACUGCUAGAACACCCCAGGCCAGAAUUAAACAAAAUGUUGACAGUUUAUUCGUAACCUUAAGAUACACUUGAAACUUGUACGUCAUAGCCUAGAGGAGACCAAUAUCGACCUUGUGUUAUUAAGCUAUAUAAAACUACGGUUGUUGACAUUUAUGGCUGCAUUUCAGAUAACAUUUUUGUACAUUUGAAUGUUGCAGCGAUAGGCCCUAGGCCUAGCGUUUGAGGGAGUUAGAGAGACAAUUAUUUUGAUAGCAGGCCUGAUCCCAAUGCCUCAACUGCCCCCAGAUGGAGAGAAAGAGAACAGCUAAUUUUCAGGGACUCACAAGGCUCAUUUGAAUUUCUUGAUGCAGCAGGAAAAUUCUCUGUGACAAAAGAACGAUCAAGUUAAGAUCCGACAUUUGUAUGUUUAACAAUGUAUUUCCAUAUUGAAGCAAUGCAAUUAGAACAAUAUGGACUGCAAACACGUUAAACAUACACAAAAUGACCAAAAGUAUGUGGACACCUGCUGGUCGAACACCUCAUUCCAAAAUCAUGGGAAUUAAUAUGGAGUUGGUCCCCUCUUUGCUGCUAUAACAGCCUCGACUCUUCUGGGAAGGCUUUCCACUAGAUGUUGGAAAGUUGCUGCGGGGACAGCCACAAGAGAAUUAGUGAGGUCGGGCACUGAUGUUGGGCGAUUAGGCCUGGCUCGCAGUCGGCAUUCGAAUUCAUCCCAAAGGUUUUAGAUGGAGUUGAGGUCAGGGCUCUGAGCAGGCCGAUCAAGUUUUUCCACAACGAUAUCGACAAACCAUUUCUGUAUGGGACUCGCUUUGUGCACAGGGCCAUUGUCAUGCUGAAACAGGGCCUUCCCCAAACUGUUGCCACAAAGUUGGAAGCACAGAAUUGUCUAGAAUGAAUUGUAUGCUGUAGUGUUAAGAUUUUCCAUCACUGGAACUAAGGGGCCUAGCCUGAACCAUGUAAAACAGCCCCAGACCAUUAUUCUUACACCACCAAAUUUUACAGUUGGCACUAUGCAUUUGGGCAGGUAGAAUUCUCCUGGCAUCCGCCAAACCCAGAUUAGUCAGUCAAACUGCCAGAUGGUGAAGCGUGAUCCAUCACUCCAGAGAACGCGUUUCCACUUCUCCAGAGUCCAAUGGCGGCGUGCUUUACCCCACUCCAGCCGACGCUUGGCAUUGCGCAUGUUGAUCUUAGGCUUGUGUGCGGCUGCUUGGCCAUGGAAACCCAUUUCAUGAAGCUCCCGACGAACAGUUAUUGUGCUGACGUUGCUACCAGAGGCAGUUUGGAACUUGGUAGUGAGUGUUGCAACUGAGGACAGACUAUUUUUACGCACUUCAGUACUCGGCGGUCCCUUUCUGUUAGUUUGUAUGGCCUAACACUUCGUGGCUGAGCCGUUGUUGCUCCUAGACGUUUCCAUUUCACAAUAACAUCACUUACAGUUGACCGGGGCAGCUCUAGCAGGGCAGAAAUUUGACAAACCCCUUUGAUGGAAAGGUGGCAUCCUAUGACGGUACCACGUUGAAGGUCACAAAGCUAUUCAGUAAGGCCAUUCAACUGCCAUUGUUUGUCUAUGGAGAUUUCUCAUUAUUCUGGUUAUGAAAAUAGCAAAAAUAUUUCUGACACCGCUGUACCUAUAGCGCUACCGUCAGCGAAAAGAUGUAUCGUUGCGUUCGGUUUGUAAAAAUAGAGCCCUGUAUCGUAUCUGAUCUGGUUAUCUCCCUUAUAAAGGUUCAGUAAACUAACAGCAUUGUUUGGUUAGUGCUGCUAUCGGUACAGGGGAGUAGGGGCUGGCCUGAACACUGAAUAGAGAAUGUGGAGUCAGGGGAAAAAGGAGCUGAUAGUCACCUCCUUAAGUCUGAUAAUGAAUGUGUACACACACACGCGUGCCCAUAUCACACCCGCUUGCAUUCAUAUGUGCACAUAUUUGUGUUUGGUACAGUAUAUAAGAACAGUACUGACCCAAGCUAAGGUGUAUUCACCAGUGGUUGUGAUUUCAGGAGUGACCAUGAAGAGUCUCGUUAUUGUGUUGGUAUGUGCUGUGCUCGCUGAGGGACUCCACAGGUAAGUGCUCCAACCACACAUCUCUCUUUCUCUCUCACUUCAAAUAAUAUAGUCUCUCACAUUCUUUCCUUUUCACAUUUUCACUCCAUCCAGUUGCCCUUUUUCCCUAAAUCCUCCCUAAAACACUUUUCUUUUCUCAUCUCUCAUAGUCACUGAUAACUCCUUGUCGCUCUCUCUCCUCCUCUUUGCAAUUGCAAAGUUCACCUUCAUAUGACAAUCUGAGUGUAUCUGUGUGCUUGUUACCCUAGGAUCCCUCUGGUGAAGCAUAAGUCAAUCCGUGAGAGAAUGAUGGAGAAGGGAGAACACCUGCCCUACCAAGACCCCGCUCUCAAAUACUUUCCUGAUGAGUUCGCUGGCUCCACCACCAUGUACAUCAACAACUACGCUGACGUACGUACAUGCUCUAAAACACAAGCUUAUGGUCUAUCUAGAAUGUUAGUCAAUGUCCUAUCUGUCUAUAUCCAUAGUAGUCUAUUUUCAUAUUCUAGAAUGAAGUUCUAUGAUGUAGGCUGAUGUAGAAAAUAUGAAUUCUAGUUCUAACUAAUUAAAUAACUACCAUGUCAAGAUAACGACUAACUCCAUGAUCUAGACUCUAAACCACGCAAACCACUCUAGAUCUGAAUGCUUUGUUGUCUGAAUGUAUUAGCAGCAUCUCUAUCUUUGUCAACUGUAUUUUCCCUGUUGUGUUUUCCAGACCACCUACUACGGAGCCAUCAGCAUCGGUACUCCCCCACAGUCCUUCCAGGUGUUGUUUGACACUGGCUCUGCCAACCUGUGGGUUGACUCCGUACUCUGCAACACUCAGGCCUGCAGUGAGUACAGCUGGAUAGCUUCAUGACAAUGAAUGCCACUGCUAGCUACUAUCACAACUACCUACUAUGUGUAUCAAUUAAAUACUACUUCCUCAACAAUAAAUGUUACUAACUGUACUACUACUACUAUUACUACUACUAAUACUACUACUACUACUACUACUACAGUACUUCUACUACUACUAUUACUAUCAUAGACAUUUAAGUCCAUUAUCACUUCUACACACUUCCCAGAUAAAUAAUUAGAAGACAGUAUAUUUCCUCUUUAAGUUGUUUGUGACCCUUCCUCCUGCAGACACCCACACAAAGUUCAACCCCCAGCAGUCGUCCACCUACUCAGCCAAUGGGAAUACUUUCUACCUACCCUACGGAGCUGGCAGUCUCAGUGGAGUCUUCGGAUAUGACACCGUCAACGUGAGUCCCAGCAUAACAACCUUACAAAUACUAAAGUCCUUCUACCACAGUUAUUCUUCAUUACAAGCAAUAAUAAGCCACAACAGAUACAGCCACAACAGUACAAUUACUUCCAUUCUAACAAAACCAAAGUGUUCCAUGAUGCAGAGUGUGUGUGUUGUUUGUCACCUCUUUAGGUUGGUGGGAUUGUCAUCACCAACCAGGAGAUUGGUCUGAGCACUGACGAGCCAGGUCAGAACUUUGUUGUGGCCCAGUUUGAUGGUAUCCUGGGCCUGUCCUACCCUUCCAUCUCAGCCGGACAAGAAACUCCCGUCAUGGACAACAUGAUGUCACAGAACCUUCUGCAGGCUGACCAGUUCGCUUUCUACAUGACCAGGUCAGUACUCCUACCAUUACUUAUAACACACAUAUACCACUACCACUACUUACCACACAUCUACCACUACCAGUACUUACCACACAUAUACCACUACCACUACUUACCACACAUAUACCACUACCACUACUUACCACACAUAUACCACUACAGAUGUCGGAUCUAAAUUGGACGCCUAUCGUCGCAGGAGGAAAAUAAUCCUGCAGAGGAGGAAUUGAAUAACUGAAUAAUUAUUUAGAAUUAAUUGUUUUAGAUCAAUUGUUUUAUUAUAUGUUGAAGGCAAGCAAUAGGCAGAAUAAAUUAUUGUUUUCCUCAAUUCCUGUGUGGGCCAGCGGUUACAGUCACUGAACCCGGCACAUAUAUGUCAGAGUCGCAUGGGUUCAAAUUCUGCCCUUUGACUCAUGGAUCAAUGUCUAUUUUGACGCAUUCAUUCUGUGUGGUUACAGGAUUAAAACAGAAACAACUCAAAGGUUAACAGUUGAAAAUGCAUUCCGAUUGGUUAAGGUUAGGGCUAUGGUUUGGGGAAGGCUUAAACAAAAUAAUAAAAUUGACGCGCCUAUGCAUCAUCAGUAUUCAUAAUAUUCUUAAUGCUCGCUAGAGCAUUGUGAUCUGCCAUAGUGCAGUGCUCUAAGCAGCUCGCUCAGAACCUCAUGAGUUUGCGCACAGUGCUUGGCGAUAUACUGUAGUGACCAGCCUGAGACUAAAUUAGGCCCACAAGUUAAUUGGAUUUAUUUAAAUGAUUUCAAGAAGUAAAACAAAUAGUCUGAUAAUUUACACAUCUUUGGAUAGACUCAAAUGCAUAACCAUCUUGACAUUACAUUAUUUAAGAGACGCUCUUAUCCAGCACGACUUACAUUAUUUUUUUUUUCAAACUGGCCCCCCGUGGGAAUUGAACCCACAACCCUGGCGUUGCAUGCUCUACCAACUGAGCUACAUCCCUGCUGGCCAUUCCCUCCCCUAGACGAUGCAGGGCCAAUUAUGCGCCGCCCCAUGGGUCUCCCAGUCACGGCCGGCUUCGACAGAGUCUGGAUUCGAACCAGGAUCUCUAGUGGCACAGCUAGCACUGUGUUGCAGUGCCUUAGACCACUGCGCCACUCGGGAGGCCAUACAAAUUGAAAUAUUAAAGCCACACAAUACAGGCUUUCAAUCCACACCAAAGACCAGAACUAUAUUGACAAUUAUACUGUACAUAGCCUAACUAUAAAACGUGGACGAGCAUCCACACUGGAGGAAAGUUUGUCGUUCUGCAGUAGGCCUACAUCUGUCAAUCAGCUGAUGGCCCAAAUCAGCUCAUCAACUCACACCUUUCAUUAUGUAAUAAUGGAUAGGCUAACAGGUAGCCUUCAGAAUGUAGCCUAUUGGAAUAUAAUCAAAUAACAAGGGAACUAUUGUAGCCAUCGAUGGCACUAAGAUUAUCGGCAGCUGAUGUCUCGUCAACCAUCAAUACGCUCUAAAUUCACCGGCACAGCUUAUCUCAAUAGCAACCAUUAUUGGUCACCUCAUUACCGCUCCCUAAAAAAGGAUGUCAGUGUUACCUUAGUCCUGCUUGCAACCAAAUUCUUUCAAGAUAUUUUCACCCUCUGGUUGGUAUUGUAAUAAGCACAACUUAGAGUCCUUUUUGAACAGACUAAGGAUGAUUCAUCUAUUUGACAAGGAUUCCAUACAAUAUAAAUAAAGUAUCUACUGUGGGAAUUUACAUGACACUAAUUUUGGUGUAGCCUAUAGUUAAUAAUUUAUUGGUUUCCUAUUUAUGUUAUCCAAAAGUGUCUGAUAUGGUCAUUUCUUAUCAAGAUCGGAUGUAAAAUAUCCCUGGACUGUCCAUAUUUAAAACAUGUAAAUAUAUCUAGUAAAUUGGGGGGAUUGAGGUAUUUGUGCCAGAAGGGUAUGGGUUGGAAUCGAAACCACGCAAACAGGGUAGGACUAUAUGUGCGCGCUGAAGGCAACAGGCCAAACCCACCCCACCCCACCCCACAAAUGAACUCAAUUUUGAACUUAGCCUCCACUUGAAACUUGUAUGUCAUAGCCUAGUGGAGACCAAUAUCUAUCUUGUGUUAUUAAGCUAUAUAAAACUACGGUUGUUGAUGUGUAUGAAUGCAUUUCAGAUACAUGUUUGUACAUUUGAAUGUUCUUGCCAACUGCCUUCUUUCUUUGGAAAACUUUUUGAUGACUUGAAACUUUUUUUCUGUGCAGCGGCGGCCAGCAGGGCAGUGAGCUGUCGUUUGGAGGAGUGGACACCACCAAGUACCAGGGUCAGAUCUACUGGACCCCCGUCACCUCCCAGACAUACUGGCAGAUCGGCAUCCAAGGGUCAGGAUCAACCACACCAACAAAACAUACUUAACCAGACACUGACAUCAGAACCACUAAGAGCCGGCAAAAGCUGGGGUGAAAAACUUCUUUUGGAAGUUUUCAAAAAAUGUCUAAGGCCGCUGUGAAUGCUAGUCUGUCUGUCUUUCUGUCUGUCUAACACUAACCCUUGUAUAUCUCCAGGUUCCAGAUCAAUGGUCAGGAGACAGGGUGGUGUGGGCAGGGCUGCCAGGCCAUCGUGGAUACAGGCACCUCCAUGCUGACUGCACCCGGACAGGUCAUGGGAACUCUGAUGCAGUCCAUUGGAGCCCAGCAGGACCAAUACGGACAGGUAGCAGGAAGCCACUAUAAACCACUACAGACCAGUACUAACUGACACCAUAAACCAGUGUAAUCCAGAAGGGACAGUUUGGGGAAACCAUUACAGAGUAAACCAGUACAGGGAGGUUUUGUCUCACUCAUGUCUGUGAAUUGUUUGUUGUUGUAGUACACAGUGAACUGUAACCAGAUCAACAGCCUGCCUACUCUCACCUUCACCAUCAAUGGAGUCAACUUCCCCCUGCCACCAUCUGCAUACAUCCAGCAGGUGAGUGUCUGUGUGUGUGUGUUUGUGUGUGUGUGUGUGUGUGUGUGUUACCCUCUAAGACUGACGUUAGGAUAAUGAAGGCCAUUUUAGAUGGCUCAAGCUGGUCCAUAAGCCUUGUGUGUGUGCCUCAGCCAUGUGUCAGAAGUGCAUGUAAAUGCAUGUGUGGUGUGUGCAUGCAUGCGUGUUUGUCUGCGUGUGUGUGUGUAUUGCACUCAACAUGCGUGUUCUCCUCUCUCCAGAGCAACCAGGUCUGCUCCGUGGGGAUCACCCCCACCUACCUGCCAUCCCAAAACGGACAGCCCCUGUGGAUUUUGGGAGAUGUAUUCCUCAUGGAGUACUACUCCGUCUACGACCGCACAAGCAACCAAGUGGGCUUUGCCACCGCAGUCUAAACCUGACCAACAUGACCAUGACCGUAAACCAACACAGGCUCCGACCGUUCUUAGAACUCUACCACCCCAAACCUCACACCGAAUCUAUUCCACCUCUGGCCAUUCUAGAACAUCAAUCACCAAAGGCAACUAUUCUGAAUCACCCAUAGCAACCACUCUGGUCAUUUUAGAACACAUAUUACCCAUGGCAACCACUCUGGUCAUUUUAGAACAUAUAUUACCCAUGGCAACCACUGUGGGUCAGUUUGGCUUUGGUCCAGAGGGGUUAAAGCAAGCAUCGACAUCAUUGGGUUAAAGCUGUGGUCUUUGUUGAUGACAUCUGCUAAUAUAUUCAGUUCAGCUGUAAGGUUGUUUCCUUUCUACUCUGGCAUUGCAAUGACAACCUCCUAGUUCUCAGACAACAUCAGAUGUGAACACAGGUUCAGCCAUGUUGCUGAUUGCAUUAUGAUGCUGAGUUGCAAUUCUGAGUUGAGUGAAAAAGAGAAUGAGCUACAAAAACACAGUGAAAUAUGAAAAUAAGAUUUUUGACACUUAAAUGCAUUUUAUCUCAAAACUGGAUGUAUUUGAUAUUAAUUUAGUUUCCAUUUAGACUGAAUAAACGAUUGAAGUGCACAAUAA